CAAAUUGAACAAGGUUUUUCACUCUUCUGAUAUCGACAAGACAUUUAGAGAGAAUAUAAGCAAAUAUCACCCAUCAAUUCAACAGGAAACAGAGGAGAGAUUAAGUUGAUUUAAAGGAAGUAACCACAGGAAAUACAGAGCCAGCACUUAAGAGAAUUUGACAGUCGAGAGCGUGAGACCGAGAGAGAAGCACGAUGGCUCAGUUCAGAUGGAUUAUGAUGUCUUCAUUUCUGAUGCUGCUGUUUCAGUUCAGAGCAGCUGCUGGGGUAUAUUUCUCCUUUACAGUCAGAGUUGGAGAUGAAGUCACUUUGCCUGGUAAAAAUGUGAUAGAUGAUCAGCAUAAAUGUAACUGUACUAACUGGAUCUUCAGUGCUUCAGGAAACACGGUGACGCUGUUUGAACUCGGGCAGAUUCACGAAGAAGCCAAAGCUAAAUCAGACAGACUGAGUGUUACAGAGAAAUGUUCACUGGUUAUAAAGAAUGUCAAAGAGGAGGAUGUUGGUCGUUACACCUGCAGACAGUCGAGAUCAGGAGAGAAACAGGUUGGAGACACUGUUGAUCUGUCUCUUAUUAACUCGACCGAACAGCAGAACAAUGAUACGGUGACGUUCAACUGCUCCAUGUCGGCAUUUGAACAAUGCAGACACUUCAAAGUGAAGUGGCUGUAUGAGGGUGAUAAGAAGGAUUUCAAAGACAUGAAGACAUCACCAAGUACCUGUUCAGCCACUGUGACAUUUACAACAUCGGGCUUUUAUCAGACGUAUUACCAGUUGAUGAAAUGUGAAGUGAUACACACAUUAACUGGAAACGUGCAGCUGUUUUCUUUCAUCCCUCCUCAGUCCUCAGGAGAGAAAUCAGGCUGGUGGUGGCUGCUCAUCAUUGUGUUUGUGGGAUUAGUAGUAAUAAUCCCAGUGGGUGUCUUCAGAUGGAAGAGAGCUAAAGGGAACAAAACACAGACGGAUGACAACGCGGCUGAUCCCGAAGCUGGCGUUUCCUACGUCUCAGUCAGCUUCAAGAAUCAGAAUCAGAAUCAGAAAUACUUUAAUAAUCCCAAGACCAACAGCAGAGCCCAGGCUGAUCCUGAAGGUGGUGUUUCCUACGCCUCCGUCAGCUACACCAAGAAGACCAACAGGAGAGCCCAGGGCCGCGGUGAGGAUGAUAAUGAUGAUGCAGUGACCUACAGCACUGUGAACGCCUCCUCCUCCUCUUCUGCUGGAGCCUCUGCUCAUCCCAGAAACCUCGACCCUACCUACGCUGGCAGGCCAAAGAAAUAAGAUGUGUGUGUGUGUGUGUGUGUGUGUGUGUGUUUUUAUAACAAUGAUGAUUGUUUGGAUCGUAGAUUUAGAAAUGUAAGGUCAAAGCAAGCAGAGUUAUAAUAAGAUUGAGCUUAAUAGUUGGUCAUGUUGUUCCUUUCAAUGUUUUGACUUUUCGAUUUCAUUUCAGUUUAGUUACCUAUUUUUUAGAGUGUGUUUGCUUGUUUUAGUUUAGCUUCAGUUUUUCCGAAAGGUUUAGUAUUCCUUAUAUAUUUGGUUUUGUUUGUAGCUGUAAACAUGUACAUGCAAAAUACAUGAUUGGAGAAUAGCCAUGAUGUUUAAUGUUUAGUCUUUGUGCUACUUUAGUGUCUGAUUUAAAGCAGUUAUGGCACAGCACCAUCCUGUCACUUGGCUGCCUGUUCUGCCAAUCUUCCCAGCCCUUGUCACAUGAUUAAUGUUUCCAUAGUGACUAUCCAAAAUACUGAUACCAUUAAACCAGCACUGGAUUUUUUUAUUUUUU